GAAGAUUGAGCAGCAGGCGGCUGUGGAAUGACCUUACAAAGUGCAUGGUUCUUAAAAAGUUUAAGUCCUUGUGUGCUGUAUUUGUUUGUGUUGUGGGAAAGGAUUCCACGUUUUGCAUAGCUAUUAUCUGUAAGACGACAUUUUAAUCUAUAAAUCCUAUGAAGCAAGAAUGAUUCUUCCCUCCUCUGUGCCUAAGCGUAAAAAGGCAGAAAAGGAACUUUUUAAGGAUACUCAUACCAUAGAACCAAAUGAAAUCAUUUGUAAGUUGGUGAAAUCAUGCGGCAACUAUUUGUUCACUGCGAUAACAGAACAGGGAGAGGAAAUUUUCGUAUCCAUUCCAGAAAGAUUUCGCAAUACAUUCUACUUUGCUCAAGGUGGUUUUGUUAUCUGUUCACCGCUGGAUAGCAAAAAGGUGAAGGGAGAAAUUCGAACUGUGUUACAGAAGGAUAAUAUUAAGGCUCUGAUUAAUAAAGGCCGUUGGCCGGAAACUUUUACUGUAAACAUAUCAAAAGAAUCCUCAAUAAAGAAUGACAAUUAUAUCCCAGAAGAUAUGCUUCCAUCAUUAUCUGAUAGUUCUGACACAGAAAGUGAAUGUAUAUCUGAAAAUGAUUAAAAAUUGUAUAUAUAUUUGUGUGAUUGAUUUCACCAUUUAUUAAAAGUAAAAUCUCGAAGUGUUUUGAGAAGCAGUUUCUUGAAUUCGUCAUUGUUGUUCUCUUUAUCAAUCUCGUCUCCCCAGUAUAUUUACCACUUAUUUUCGAAGUGUUUUGAGAAGCAGUUUCUUGAAUUCGUCAUUGUUGUUCUCUUUAUCAAUCUCGUCUCCCCAGUAUAUUUACCACUUAUUUUCGUUGCCUAUUAAUACUGGCAACGAGUUGAUGUUUUAACGAUUAUAGGUUAUUUGAAUAAAUUUAAUCCUAACAGGAUUUUUUAGGCUUAACUCUAACUAACAUCACUAAUAUUAAGAAGUGGUCGCAUAACCAUUGUCAACAAAGUUAUUUGAUGUUGAUCUUUUACAAUACCGAAUUUUGCUCAUUUGAA